AUGGCGAUGCGGCCCGGGCACACGAUCCCUGUGAACGGAUAUCAAGAGCUCGUAGUUGCACCCGGUCAACACGAGCCGGACCAAGAUUCGCCUGCCACGGAGCCAUGCGAGGCAAAGAACGAUCGCCAGGAUGCCGAUUUGGACGAUCUUCCGCUGGAGGUGCUCAUCAAUAUCGUGAGCCGCCUGCCCAUCGAAGACAGGUUUGCCAUCCUGUGCACCUCGAAGAAGCUGCGACAAGUGGGACUCAUGCCCGAUCUGUGGAAAUCGGUGUGUCUGCCCUACCGACUCAUUUGUUCGUCAACACGGCACGCCAAAUCGACUCCCAAAACUCUCUCGAGGCUGGCGUGGCUCCUUCCGACGAUCGGGUGCCAUGUUCAAACGCUGAACGCCAACGGAACUGGCUCGUACUUCGCGGACGGACACCUCACGCACUUUGGCCGGCACUGCCAAAAUCUAGUAACGGUGAAUCUUUCCGGAUCCGAAGUGACGGGGACUGGCAUCAAAGCGCUUCUCCUCUCGAUCCUGAAACAGCCUCAGAACCCACUGAAUCCAGCGCCUGGACACAUGCCAGGGCCCAAUAUACCUCCGCAGCGGCGACCCGGGACUCAAAUCAGCCGCCUCCUCCUUGGAAACAUCGGUGGGCUUGACGACGCUUCGCUGGUUCUCAUCAGCGAUACGUGCCCGCUGCUGCAGACCCUCGAUAUCAGCUCGUUCACCGCAAAAUCCAAGCUCAGCGACGUUGGCAUCAGCGCGGUUUCGGCCCGCUGCUCCUCGCUCAGUGUCCUGAUAAUGGUCGGAUGCCACAUGGUCACGGAUCGGUCGCUGGUCCACAUCGGCUCAAGUCUCCCGCGCCUUACCCAUCUGGAUUGUGUGGGAUGUUUCCAAAUCGGCGAUGCCGGUGCCAGAUCCGUUUUGAUGGGAUGCCCAAAGAUCCGGCUACUGGACUUUUCGUACUGCUGGCGCAUCACAGACCGAGCCUUUGAAGACGCUCUGGAUGCCGGCUUGAGUGCGGGCGGCGAGCUCGCCAGCGUCAACCUCCAGUUCUGCUACCAACUGACCGACCUGGCAGCGCUGUAUCUCUCUCGCCUGCGCUCGCUCGUGUGCGCUAACUUUUCGUACUGCAGCAACAUCACGGCGAGGGGCCGAGCGAUGCUCUGCGACGCACAGAUUGUCGGUGUCUUUGAUGGGGUUCAGCUCGAGCCCGAAUGACAGAAUGGCGGUUUGCAGCCGCCGGAAUCCAAGACGAUUCGUUGCAGAGAGGGAGUCUUGGGGGCCGCUUGUUGGGAAGAGGGGGCUGAUGCCGCGUAGGUGGGCGGGCCAGCUGAACCUGCAGACCUCGAUCAGCUAUUCAAGCCUCGGCCAACCAUUAUAGCCCAGCCAUA